ACUUAUAAAACAUAACAUGCAUAUAUUUGCAUUUUGCAGAGCGUAUGAGCAUUAAGUUGAAGUAGUUUCUGCAAUAAAACCUGCAUCGUGAAAUUCUACGGAUGCUUGAACAGGCAUUUCAAUAAAUUACAUUUUCAGAAGUCCUCUGGUAGUUCCAAUCUUCUCAUUAUUUUUCAAAUCUUGAUCGAUUUCCUUUAAAGGCUAGAGUCUGAUCUUAUUUUUUUUUUUCAAUUAUCCAUAAAAUCACUAUGGAAAUCGAAUGUAGAAAUAGUUUCUCACUCAGCUUUUUUUCAAUAAACUCCCAUAUCCCACUUAAUAGACAUCUUACCGAUGAUUUUUAAUUAUUAUCGACUAUUUCUUGUCAAUAGUCAAAGUACAAACCGUUUCUUGGCUCCAGCAAACACUGCCACUACCACAUUUAACCUCAUCCCAAGCGGUCUGUACAUUCGGCAACCACGCGCCUGGAGUGCGCACGCGCAUAAAACCUCUAUUAAACAUUAACUAACGGCUAUUUUUUAAAUAUCGAUUGACAUUAAUAUUUUUUCUUAAGUGUUGUCAGUAAAAAGACAUUCGGUCUUUUUUAAUUUCAGCCAGCGUCGAAUAUUGUUUGGAAAGUGAUGUGUUUAUAGUGACGUUUACUAAACAUUGGAUGUCAAAAUGGGCUUGAAGCGGAUUGUCGGCACAGAAGUAUGGACGUUUCAAGAAAUAGCAUUCAAAGCAGAGAUGAAUCGGCACGAGGAUGCCGAAGCGGAGGAGGAGGCAUUUAUACUAUGCGGAGAGGACCCCGCCACCACAGCCAGGAACAUACUGGAACUAAGGAAUAUGAUAUAUGAAAGAGGCGAGUGCCACCCUCACCGGGUGGACGACGCCUAUUUGUUGCGAUUCUUGCGAGCUCGCCGCUCCGUGCCCGCGAGAGCACAUCGCCUACUAGUACGGUACUGUAACUUCCGGGAUCAGAACCCGCACCUGUGGCGAGAUAUCGAUUGGUUCGGCCUCACUAAGCUGGGACACGUCUUUGAGGGAGUGUUGUUCGACCGGCCUGAUGUUGGCAGGCUCAUCAUUGGGAGACUUGGUCUAUGGGAUCCAGAUGAAUAUUCAGUGGAUGACCUGAUCCGCGGCUGCUUGCUUUUGCUAGAGAUAGGUAUCAUGCAGCCCAAGCUGCAGAUCUUAGGAGGCACGGCUUUGCUGGACUGCCAGGGUCUCACCAUGAAGCAUAUGAGGCAGUUCUCGCCUUCUAUUGCCGUCCAAGCAAUGAAUGUUAUGGGGUUUGCCUUUCCUACGCACCAGCGCGGUGUCCACGUGAUCAACUGCUCGCGGGUUUUCGAGACGCUGUUCCACUUCUUCAAGCGUCUGGCGCCCGUGGACGACCUUUGGAAGCGGGUGCACUUCCACGGAAAUGAUCUCAAUUCAUUACAUAAACAUAUAGAUCCAGAGUGCCUGCCAAAGAGGUACGGAGGGCAGCGCGAUCCAGUCUCCUUAGAACAAUGGCUGACCAAGAUCAACCAGUACAAAAAUAAAGAUUUUGACGAUGAAAUGAGAAACUUAGGAUAUUCUGUAGAUUAAAUAAGUAUUCUGUGUUCCUUAUUUAAAGCUGUCACCUAGCUACGUCUAAAGAAAAUCAUAGGAGAUAUAUGAAAUCUUUGGCAAUUAUUUUGUAUAGCGGCAUUUGUUUUUCCUCUUAAGGUUAAGUUAAAUAAGUAGGUGUUAUUAAUGUUGAAUAAUAUGUGGUCACAAUUAAUAAUGUGUAUCAAAGGAACACAGAAGACGGGCAGCAGCGUCUCUGAACCGUUUGACAUCUUACUGCGAUCGCCAACCCGCCUGCCAAGCGUGGCGAUUAUGGCAAUUUCUCCCAAAUGUUUGGGAGAGGCCCUUGCCCAGCAGUGGGAUCAGUGGCAGCCCUACGGGCGACUAAAAAAAAAAUGUGGUCAUAACAUGAAUUUUAUGUGAUAUUUAAGUAUAUUGUGAAAGAUGACAAUUAAUUUACCUAAGCAAGGACUGUCCAAGGAUAAUGUUUAUUAUAAGUUGAUACUCAAAAAUGAAACUAAGUCCAAUUUAUUUUUAACCUAUUACUUAUUACAUGGGACCAAGAAAAAUAUGCGACAUUUAUGUAAACUGACCUAGAAUUUUAGUUAUAUUUAU